AUGAUACCCAGUUAUGAACACAUGAAUGAUUUACAAGUAUGCGAAGCUAUUUUACAGGAAACACUUCGUCUUUAUCCGCCAGUGCCCUGGUUUGUACGAAAAUGUAUUCGAGAGCACACCAUCGGUAGUGACGGUCACCAUCAAGUGCGUAUUCCUGUCGGCACAACCAUUGCAAUUAUGACUUACAUGCUCCAUCGACGUGCUGACUUCUGGCCUCGGCCACUUGAAUUUGAUUAUAUGCGAUGGAUGCGUAAUCCGAUGACCGGUCUCAAACCGAAACUUACUCAUCCUUUCUGCUAUUUACCCUUCGCUGCUGGUUCACGUAAUUGUAUUGGACAAAAUUUUGCCUUGCUCGAAGCCAAAGUUAUGUUGGCUAUGUUCGUACAACGAUUGGUAGUACCGACUCUUAAGUUGGCUAUCGGGUGGCGUCAUGUUGAUGAGUGCCCAGUUAAUCCACGAAUUCCCCAUUAUAUGGUGGUUGCAGGUCGAUCAGACACUUCGAAUUCCGAGAAUACUCCCACGGGUUCUCUUUGGUUUAGUCGUAUUUAUCCUGUCAGUCAAAUUCUUACUCAUUUAUAA